GGAAUAAUACGCAACGGAGCGAUCGUGUUUUGAACCUGUUCGUGCAGGCGACGUCACCUCUCGCCCUCCUAUAAAUGCGUAGGCUAACCUGAGAGUGGCGACAAUGAACUCCACAUCACUUAAGAAAAUGAACACCGAAAAGAAAACCCCAUACCAAGGCGACAGGAGAACCUGUGGCUAUUUCGAGUGUGGAAAUUGCAGCAAGCGUUGGUUCUCUGCAAACAGUUGGGCCAACUGCAAUCAGAAGUGCAAAUCGUGCAACACCAACGUUUACCCGUACAAGCAGGUCAGGCACGAGAAAUCCGAUGACCCACCGAAGGAAAUCCGCCCCCACCCGCAAGAAAUGUGUCAGAAGUGCAGACAGCUUGGCUACUUUUGUGGUUCCAGAUUUGCCUCCUUCAAGCGAUAAAAUCCACCCUACUUCAACGUCGAAAAUAGACAGAUAGUUAUCAAAUGAUUUUGUGUGAGUGAAAGUGGAAUAACCAAUGUAAUCUGAAGAAUGGAAAGAUACAUCACAAAUUCAAACACAUUAGAUUAAGACCAAAAUAGAAAUAAACUGGAAUGUAGGGCUACGUUAGUGGAAGGAAUAUGCACAUAUUCAUUUUUUUUUUUUUUUUUUUUUUCGUCUUAAAGGAGUGUAAAAAAAACAAGAAUCUAUUUUGGAAAAUGUAUACCAUUUUGAUAAUAAAUAUGUUUUAUAAAA